CCACCGCCGCCACCACCGCUAGCCCCACCACCACCGCCGCCGCCGUCUCCACCACCUUCGCUAGCCCCUCCUGCAGCGCCACCAGUGGCACCCCCACCAGCCCCACCACCACAGCAGCCACCGCCCGUUCCAGUCACAGCUGCCCCUCCGCCUGGAAGCACUCCGCCGACUGGUGGAAAAGAUGUACACUAUCACUUCCACUACCACCCUGAUGUGCUAGGAUGUACCCCGACGCAUGGUGGGAACUCAGAAGGAGCUUGCUGUAUGUUCCCAUUCACCUACAAUGGAGAAGAUUACAACAGCUGUUCAAACGUUGACAGUAGAAGGCUGUGGUGCGCUACCACGAAAGACUACGACACGGACAAUAAAUGGGGUUACUGUGGAAAUUGCCAUCACACGUACGGUGGAAAUGCUCACGGAGCAUGCUGUCAGUUUCCCUUCACGUACAACGGCAUGAUGUAUCAUCACUGCAUUCGAGGAGACCAAGUCAAGCCAUGGUGCGGUACAACAUACAGUUAUGACCGGGACGGCAAAUGGGGCUUCUGUAAAGUGAAAGUUGCGGCCGAACCAAAGCCAACAGAAAGCAUUCAUUUCCACGUCAAUGUACCCUGCCCUGGCAACUGUCAAUCACAGUGUGACGACUCGUGUCCAGCCCAUUGUUGUACCUCAACGAGCUCCUGUCCCUCGUACUGUGCGCAUUCUUGCAAGCCAACCUGUCCUGAUGAAUGUUGCGUCCUUCCUCUGCCAGUUAUUCAAAACCCUCCUCCCGCCCCUGCCCCUCUACCACCUCCGCCUCCGCCUCCACCUCCACCUCCUCCACCCCUUCCCCCAAUAUACAUUUCUGCUCCUUACCCUCCACCCCCUCCACCUUAUGUUGUUCCAGGACUGCCCUCGACCUACCCAGUGGCGUCAGGACCACCUGCAACAUGUCCCGCAGUUUGUAACACCGUAUGCAUGGGCUCCUGCCCAGUGGCAUGCUGCACCAAAUUUGCUUCGUUACCAGCAACACGUUUUUAUGUCCCACCCCCUGCACCAGCUCCACCAGCGUACUACAUGCAACCACCACCACCACCACCAUAUUUUCAGCCACAACAGCAGCCCUGGCCGACAGUGUGCCCUGCGGUAUGUAGAUCUAGGUGUGCAAGUACAUGCCCAAUUCACUGCUGCGACAGAUCCGUAUUGGACAAUCUUAGACGCCUAGCAAGUGCAAGGGAUCAUCAUCAAAAUGUUGCAAAGUCACUGACGCCGGUAACACCAGACACUCAUCUUCAUCAACAUGAUCAGAAAGAAUCGUCAAGUGCUGUCCAGCCUCCCCCAAUCUCUCUGUCCCCACUAAUAUCAACUCCAACUGCUUCCUCCUCCCCGUGUCCAGUCAUUUGUUCUCGGCAUUGCACUAAGGCUUGCUCACGUGAAUGCUGUGUGGCAAAGCCAAAGAGUGCACGUGUGUCGCGUUUGGAUAAUGGAGGCCUCGCGAGACGCAGUAAAAUUCUUCACAGAAGAAAACCAGGGAAGAGAGUCGUAGCCCAGAAACGUAAUUUUUUUGGCAAAGAUAAUUAGCGAGUGACAGGUGGAUUACCGGAUUCAACAACAUUGCAGUUUGAGUUUUACAAGCUAUAUAUAUUUGUAUUAUGUUGUAUUUGUACUCGUACAUUGUGAGACGGUGAGGUAGAUAGCUCUUUCAGAAUGAAAAGUGAAUGUUUCUCAAGAAAAAUAUAGCAACGAGAAAAUCCAAUCAUAGUGAUAUUAUUGUUUAUUUUCUGCAAUGUGUUUAAUGACUUUCAAUAACCCCAGGUUAAACACUUGCAAUAUGAUGUGAAAGGAAUAAAAGGGAUUUUUUUUAAACAAA